CGCCAAUUCAUAGACUUUGCCGAGGUUUGUGUCUGAGUGUCGGGAUUUCGAAUUCGUCAAGCGGAAGAUGAAACGACGUCGGCUACAACGAGCAAAAGGGCCCAAUUGUUGACGGAUGAGACGUGCGUUGUGACAGCUAGGCCGACCAACUAACAGCCGUCUGUUUUCCGAAAUCACCCAUGGUUCAUCUCCAGUCCCCAACUCGAAGCACAUGCGGGUAAACUUAAACCCCGUGUAUACAAAGAGCGAGCAUCACUCCUGACGUGUCGACACGUCUUCCUGACUUCUUUUGCUUCGUCCCUUCAAGACCCCGAGUCUCCCAUAACGUCCAUCCCCGAUUCUUGAUCACACUCCGAUCAUCAACCACUACAUCGCAUUGACACCAGACACCAGGUGCUCUCUCACAUUCGCGCAAUCGAACGAAACCAUCCGAACAGUCUAACUUCCAUCCCACUCCUCCAUCAUGUCGCAAUACAAAGACAUCGCGCCGGCUCUCACCGAGGCCGACCUCGACAGCAACAAGCCAACACCAACCUCGUCAGGCGCUCCCGUUACACCCUCCCGACGCGCCGCGACGCCCGCAACCUCCGCCGCGCAGCAAGGGGACAACAUCGCACACGCACUGGCCGGGGCAGGCGGCGGCCUGUUGGCAAUGACGCUCACAUACCCACUAAUCACACUGUCAACACGGGCGCAAGUGGAAUCCAAGCGAGCAGACACAUCAACCCUCGCUGCGAUCAAACACAUCAUCAACCGAGAAGGGAUCACAGGACUAUACGCCGGCCUUGACAGCGCUUUGUUCGGCAUCUCCAUCACCAAUUUCGUCUACUACUACUGGUACGAAUGGACCAAGGCGUUCUUCGAGCGCGCGGCCAUCAAGGCCGGACGGGCAGGCAAGAAACUCACGACGGUCGAAAGCAUGAUCGCCGGCGCCAUCGCGGGAUCCGCCACCGUCCUCCUCACAAACCCCAUCUGGGUCAUCAACACGCGCAUGACCGCCCGGAAAAACGACGACGAGGGCACUGACCCGCAAAAGAAGAAGCCCAGCACCAUCGGCACACUCCUAAAAUUGCUUCGCGAGGAAGGCCCUUCGUCCCUGUUCGCGGGUGUCUUGCCCGCUUUGGUUUUGGUCAUCAACCCGAUCCUCCAAUAUACCAUUUACGAACAAUUGAAACAUGUUCUGGAAAAGAGGAGAAAAGUCGGCCCCCGUGACGCCUUUUACUUGGGCGCUUUGGGCAAAUUGCUCGCUACGACCAUUACUUAUCCUUACUUGACUGUCAAGUCUAGGGCUCAUGUUGCCACUAAGGAUGCCCCUGUUGAGGGGAUGUGGACUAGUUUGAACAAGAUUGUUAGAGAAGAAGGUUGGGGCGGCUUGUAUAAGGGAAUCGUCCCUAAAGUCAGCCAGAGUGUCAUUACUGCCGCUUUCCUCUUCGCCUUCAAGGAUGUCUUGUAUGACAUGACUAUUGCGGCGCGCAGAAAGGCCAGGGCUGCCGCUGUCAAGGCUUGAUUGAAAUACGCCAACCCCAACAGAACGCGAUGCGGUGGCUCUUGCUCAUCCAUCCGCUCUUAUGAGCCGUCUGGCUUCCCCUUCCAAGAGCGGAAUUUGACCCUGGGUCGGGGUGGGGGUGGGGAGUGGUGGUUGGUGGUUGGCGUACGACCAUCAGGUUGUUCGGCCCACAGGCUACAAUCCUCCCAAAGUCCAGAUGGUGUCGGUAUGGUUCGGCAUUGGCCCAGCGAGUGUCGGACUCGACAUCCGUGGGAGUCAAAAGACUGCUCCAUGCUUGUCUUGUCCGGCAUCGGUCAAACAAAAAACAAAAAACAAAACUUAAAAACUAUUGAGAUAUUGCAAAUUGUGGCCACGAGGCCAUGUUGUUCGAGGAGUGAUGGAUGGAAUUGGUCAAACAAAACCCUUAUAACUACUACUACUACUACUACUACUACU